AUGGGUGCUAGAACUCAGACAUGGGUACUGGAACUCGACCAGAUCCUUGUUUCUGCCAGAAUAUCAAUUCUGUUAAACAGUGGCCCUGUUGGAUACUUUAGUGUGGAGAAGGGUCUGAGACAAGGAGAUCCGAUCUUGCCAAUGCUGUUUAUCAUUGCUGAAGAGGUUCUUUGUAGAGGCUUAUCUGAGCUUCUAGCCAAAAACAACAUUAAAGCUCUAUCGGGUCCUCGUGGGGCUAUUAUCCCUAUACACAUUCUUUUUGCUGAUGAUGUUUUUAUCUUCUCAAAUGCUUCCAUCAGAAAGCAAGCCAUUGCAGAAGAGCUUGGUAUCUCCAUUUGUAACUUCCCCACUCGCUAUUUGGGGGUCGAGAUCUUUAAGGGAAUGGUGAAAAAGGAGUCGCUAAUCCCCAUUCUGGAUAAAGUCAAAGGUCGACUAGCAGGAUGGAAAGGGAAGAUUUUGUCCAUGGCUGGACGAGUGGAAUUGGUCCGCUCAAUAAUCUUGGGAAUGAUGAACCAUAGUUCAACUGCUUUAGGAAAAUGUGGGACUUUAUGUCCACCAAAGAAGCCUGGACGAUUGGAAAUGGGAAAAGCAUUAAUUUCUGGUUGGAUAAAUGGUUGGGCGGCAAAUCCAUCUUAG